AGCAGCCAGUCAGACUAGCUUGGUCUAGUCCGAAAGGCACGACCUGAGGAAGCCUCUUGGAUGAGAGGCGACGCGUCUUCACGGAUAUAAACCAAGUCCAGUUGCACUCGAUUCAGCUCCGUUGGAGAAGAAGAGUCGUUCGGGCGCGACUACUUGCUGGCGGAAACGUCCGAGUGGACGAGAGCGCCCGAGUGCGACACACCGGCGGAGGAGGUGGAUGAGGAGGAGUGCGGGUUCGCCGAGCUAGAACGACAUGGGGAAGUUAAUGUUUAUCUCGCUUUUCGUCGCUGCUCUGUCGGCUCUGUUUGGAGAGAGAAUAAUAAAUUUAAGGAGUCGGACCCUCGCCUCCAGAGAACUCGCGCAGAAUCACCUCCCCGACUGCGCUCUGCUCAGAAAUCUCGAGUAUGGCUCCGAGGAUAUAACCAUACUUCCCAAUGGACUUGCCCUCAUCAGCACUGGCUUGAAGUACCCGGGGGUGCCCUCCUUCUCGGACGGUCCAGGGAAAAUGUUCUCCCUCGACCUGCAAGACUCCAGGAUGAAACCCGUCGAGCUGCGAAUGACAAGGAACUUCGAUCUGGACUCGUUCAAUCCCCACGGCAUCAGUGUUUACACAGAUGAGAAUGAUAACGCCAUAUACCUUUUCGUUGUCAAUCACCCUCAACAUGAAAGCCAAGUUGAGCUCUUCAGAUUUAUCGAGGACGAACACUCACUUUUGCAUUUGAAAACCAUCAAGCAUGAACUCCUCCACAGUGUGAAUGACAUCGUGGCAGUGGGGGUGGAGAGCUUCUACGCGACCAAUGAUCACUUCUUUACCAACGCAGUCCUGAAGCAGGUGGAGCCUCUUCUUGGUCAGCCCUGGUGCAAUGUUGUGUACUACAGUCCUGAAGACGUGAAAGAAGUCUCUGUGGGUUAUUAUUUUGCCAAUGGCAUCAAUAUCUCACCAGACAAGAGUCAUCUGUAUGUUGUGGAUAUAUUAGACCACAAAGUACAUGUUUUGGAGAGAAAGGAGAGCAAUGCUUUGGUCCCUGUGAAGGCUGUCGCUGUCGGUUCGCUUUGUGACAACGUUGAAAUCGACGCCGACACUGGUGACCUGUGGCUAGGCUGUCACCCCAAUGGAUGGAAAGCUGUGCUGAACGACCCUGCGGUUCCACCUGGCUCAGAGGUUAUCCGGAUCCAGAACAUUCACUCUGAGCUCCCCGUGGUGACCCAGGUGUACGCCGACAACGGUAGUGUGAUCAUUGGAUCUUCGGUGGCCGCUCGCUACAAGGGAAAGCUGCUCAUCGGCACAGUCUACCAUAAAGCCAUGUGCUGUGAUUUGGAGUAGUCGGUUUCUCUGAUUACCAGGCAAGCAGGAGAAUAAACCCCAAACCAUCUAACGCUAAUCGAGGCUUCGUUUGACAAGGAAGUUUGUCCAAGCACUGGCCAUGAGGCACCGUCAACACAGUGAGCAAAAGACGAGUUGGAAAUAUCCAGGAAAAGGGUUGCUUUUGUUUGAUUAAAAAAAUAAAAAUUUCUA